UUACACUAACUUAAGCAAUAUCGAAUAUUAGGAAAGAUAUUUAUUCCUCUUGCUUUUAAACCUGCAAUUGCACUUGACAAAUUCUACCAAAUAAAAGAUUAAGUAGGUUAUGCUAAUCGAAAGCAAACAAUUUGUAUAUCUGUCAUUUUGUUAGGGCUUAGUAUCAUUCGAUUUUCGGGAGCCGUGCGACUACGACAUAAAUUUGUCGAAACAACCGAGAACAACGUGGGAAAUUUUAUUUGAAAUUUAUUUAAUAGAGAGAAUUGGUAAAUAUGGCCCGCAUUGAGAUUACAAAAAAACCCAAGCGCCAGGGAAAAAAGCGUAAACAUGAGAACGAUACGGACAACCAACACGCAAAUGCUGCUCAGGAGGCUAUUGACGACGACGAGGUGGCCACCAAAGUGCAGGUGAUAUCGGAACCACAUGAGGAGGAACACAUCAAAGAGAAAAAAAAGUCAAAAGGGAAACGUAAGCAGGAAAACUCAGAAGAAGUCGUCGAUGAAGAGCACUCGGAGCCUAAAGAGCUGGAUCAAGAGGAAAAUGAGAAUACAAAAAAAGGAAAGAAGCGUAAACAUAAGAAACAGGAAGGCAGCGAUGAUGACGAGUUGGCCACCAAAAAGCAGGCGAAACUGCAAACUAACAACGAAGAAGACAAGGAGCCCACAAAAAAGAGCAAAGCCAACAAGCGUAAGCAGGAUACAAACGAAAAGGACUUAAUUAAAAAGAAGCGAAGUAAGCAGCAAACAGAAGAGGACGAGCAAGAUGACGGGGAUGAAGAUCAGAACGACGAUGAAAAUGAGCAGCCCACAGCUGCCCAAUUGCAAGAGGCAGCCAAGCCGGAGAACUCCAAUGCCAUUGUGACGGUUCGCCAAAAGAAGAAACAAAAGCAUUUGCAACGCUUGGAGGCCCAAAAAGAACAGCACGCCGACAAGGAUAUCAAACGCAAUGAAGAAUACCUCAAUAACUGGAAGAAUUCACGUCAGGAUUGGAAAUUUAAUAAGCUACGCCAAAUAUCCAUACAAAAAUUGGCAUUCGAUGUAGAGAAAUUGGGUUCAGAAAUUUGGCCCAUUGCCUUAGAGUAUUUGGCCAGUUCAAAGGGUGCAGCUAAGGCAACAAUUAUCAAAUUGGCUGAGGAUGUCAUCCAAGCAGUCGACAAGGAUUGCGAGCAGAGUACUGAGGAAUCGGAGAAACAACAGCUCGUCGAUUCGCCACGCUAUCAAAGAGCCCGCGAUUUGCUCCAAAGUUUUGAUUAAAAAAUUGACUUUUUAUGGUACGAAUACCCUUUAUAUUUCAAGUUGAAACACCACAAAAUUUUUUAGAAUCCUUGAAAACCUUACUACAUUUCGGUUUCUGUCUAAGAAGUCUGACAUUCUUUUAAUUUUCAGCAUUAUGAUCUUAUUUUGUGUUUAAAAUUUGAACAUUGAAUCAUAAUUUGUUAAUUAAAAUAGAAAAGUUGUUACAGAGAAAA